AUGGCGCAUCCGCACCUCGGCGACGACACCGCGCCAACGAACACCAACAAGAUGCCUCCACCCGGUCCUUUUUUCCCCCACGAUCCCAACCCUUCGAAUAGAACCCGGUGCACGAAGCGCCCCAAAAGCUCCUUCAUUUCCCGUUCCGAGCGCUCAAAACCGCACUGUUCCAAGCUCAGCAAUCAAGCCCGACUCGGACCAUCGCUGCCUAAACGCACCGAACCUGGUCUGCUUCCACUCGAGCGUACGGGCUUUGAAGCGCCUCAGACCGACAUCCUCCGCGAUUCCCACCCUCCGAGCUCGAAUAGCACGUUGCAAGAAAUGAUGGAGUCGUUCGAGUCUUUGAGCGUGAAGAGCAGUGGAAAGGAGAAGGAUGUUGAGGUGGAGAAGGGAAAGCAAAAGAUCGGAGGCACGAAGGGAGAUGGGAUGGCGACUCGAGGAUAUGCAGUAGGCAUCAUGAAUUUGCUCAAGGACAUGAUCAAAGAAGAACAAGGUCAACCACCGAGGCCGCGCGGUCGAAAGCGAGAGCACGAUGAGAUGGAAAACCCUGAGGGAGAAGAAGAAGAGCUAGCACCGGCAACAGAGCGUGGGUUUGGCACCACCGAGAUCCUGGAACAUAUCCUGGACUUCCUGUCGCCUGGCGAUCUCCUGCUAUGCCUCGCAACCUGCCAGACAUUCAAGAACUGCUAUGACAACUCAAAGAAGCUCAAGCUCAAGACGUGCGAAGAGGUCGAAAUCACAAUGCCUGGAGUAAUUGUGUAUCGUGCCCACAGCCCAGCCUUCGCUGGCAACGGCAACGGCGCGAACAGCACAGCUAUUCCUCCUGCCAACGGCAACCUCACCGGACCGAGUCACAACACAACAGCCGCGCCAAGCGCGAAUUCCGCUGUUCCGCCCGCCCCUCGCAAGCCUCCGCUCAUCUUCAACAUCAACCCACUGCUUUUCGGACCCGUCGUCCGCGCCCGUAACGACCAAUGGCAUCUUACGUACACCUUCAAAGGCGCCAGGGGAGUGCAGCUCGCUCGUGUCAUCUGCGAGCCUGGCAAAGAGCUGGCUUUCGAAGUCACAUUCAAUAACCCUCGUUUCAACCCUGGUUGGGCCGCAGCCCCCACCGGAUCCUGGACGAGACUGUACCCCAUCGACGCCGGCAUGCAAGUUCAGCUCAAGGUGAUCUACUGGGAUGAGCGGAGCUACGAGACGCCGCGUGGUGAGAUCACCGUCAACAAGACUGCAAAGGCCACACUGUCUUGCUCUGCAGCUAAGGUUGGCCAGAUCCUCGCUCGUGCUCGUCAGGUCAAUACCGUGCUGCAGGGGUACCUCUUCGAGCUGCCCCCGAGGACCAACGAUUUGAUGAAGGAGAUUGGCGGCCAAGGUUUGAGUUUAUGGGCCACGGACAAGCUUGACAAGAGGAUUGCGUGCACGGUUGAGACAGUCACGAUGACGAAGACCUUGUGCUAG